AUGAAACUGGCAUUGCUCUUGACGGUUCUCGAGUGUAUGAAGUUUUCCAUUCCCAUGCCCGGCGGUGGCAGCGGGCUAGCUCUCUUCUCGAAACUUAUCCGCACCAAAGAUCUACGUAAACUGCAGGAGGAAGACCCCAACAGUACAAAACCCAAGCUAACCAAAUGUCUCACCACACUCGACCUUACCUCGCUGGGAGUGGGCUCCUGUUGCGGCACCGGCAUGUAUCUGGUGGCAGGGAUGGUUGCGCGAAACAUCGCUGGUCCUGGAGUAGUGCUUAGUUUUUUCAUAGCGGCCGUAGCUAGUAUAUUUUCCGGCGCAUGCUAUGCCGAGUUCGGAGUUCGAGUGCCACACACGUCUGGAUCCGCGUACAUGUACUCGUACGUUUCGGUGGGAGAGUUCGUAGCAUUUGUUAUAGGUUGGAACAUGAUAUUAGAAUAUUUAAUUGGUACGAGCGCGUGUGCCUGUGCCCUCAGUGCAAGCUUCGAUUCGCUAUCAGGCGGUUCUAUCGGUAGGAGCAUAGCGGCCUCUGUGGGGACCAUAUUCGGGCGGCCACCGGAUUUCAUCGCAUUUGGCAUUACACUCGUAAUGACAUGUAUACUGGCCCUAGGGGCCAGCAAAUCGGUGCUCUUCAAUAACGUCCUCAACACCGUGAAUCUCGCAUCGUGGGUAUUUAUACUAACCGCAGGCUUGUUUUACGUCGAUACCAACACCUGGACCGAGCACGAAGGUUUUCUGCCAUUUGGCUGGAGUGGGGUGUUUACCGGAGCUGCCACUUGCUUCUACGCAUUUAUCGGAUUUGACAUUAUAGCAACCACCGGUGAGGAAGCGCACAAUCCACAGAAAAGCAUUCCGAAAGCAAUCGUCGGCUCACUAGUGAUCGUCCUCAUAGUGUACGUUAGCAGCAGUUUUAUUCUUACACUCGUUGUUCCUUACGAUCACAUCGACACUGGUUCGGCGCUAGUUCAAAUGUGGACCUAUGUUGGAGCACCUAAAUGUCGAGCGUUGGUUGCAAUCGGUGCCACGGCCGGGCUUAGCGUGGCUAUGUUCGGAUCGAUGUUUCCGAUGCCGCGUGUCAUUUACGCCAUGGCCCAGGACGGUUUAGUCUUCCGGCAGCUCGCUCAGCUUUGGGCAAAAACGGGUGUUCCUGGAAUCGCAACGCUUGGCAGUGGCAUUGCGGCGUCCAUAGUAGCUCUCACUGUGCAGCUCGAGGUCCUUGUUGAGAUGAUGUCCAUCGGAACGCUGCUGGCGUAUACGCUUGUAUCGACCUGCGUUCUGAUUCUACGCUACCAGCCGCACAGUACGUCCCUGGUGGAUCUUUUACCCGCACAGCUACGUACUCCACAGCCACCCAGCACGCCAGAUCCCACCACACAGCAACGUGUCAAGGCUAACGUUAUGGUGAAAAAAGUCAUCCGAGGAUCUCCCGAUUCUGACGACAGCUUCGGCGAAGAUAGCCCCGAAGGGUAUAUGGGCCGCGACGAUCAAUUCUUGGUGUCAGAUCGCUCGGAGAAUAAAUUUUACGGUGCUGUGCACGGUGCUUCACAAGCGACCUCCAACUCUUUCUCUUGCUGGGGGUGUGAUUUCAUUGGACGUAAAGUUCAACAGUACUCCUAUCUUUGUCCUGGAUUUUUCCCAUGGGUACGACCAGGACCAGCUACUCACGAAACCGGGAUGUUCGUGACAAAGCUGGUGGGGCUGAUGUACGUCUGCAUAUUUCUACUUGAUCUCUUUAUGGCCAUCGGGCUGACAGGAUCGUUCUACUCGUUAAUGUACACAGUGUUGGUACUUGGAAUUAUCGCAAUUCUGAUUACCAUUUCCCGGCAACCUCAAAAUAGAUACGCAAUUUCAUUUCUGACUCCAGGACUUCCAUUUAUACCUACGAUUGCGAUCACGGUGAACAUAUAUCUUAUAUUCAAACUCAGUAUUCUGACUUUGGUGCGGUUCACCGUCUGGAUGACUCUGGGGUUAAUUAUGUACUUCUACUACGGCAUCACACACAGCUCGUUGGAAAAUCCCAGCGAAGAGUUCGAGCUAACGAUCGAAAACAAUGGCUCGUCUGCUCCGAACCAGAAACUCAAUGUUCCUUCAGCCACCGCAAAGCCCAGCAGCCGGCGUCAAAAUGAACCAACUGCUGUCUGGGAUCGGCAUGGCUACGAAAACCGCAUGGCCACGAAUGAUGACGGAGAGUAUCAGUGGAGUACAUCAAACCCGCAGAAUAACACCACCAAUUCCUACAGUUGGAAUCCCAAUGAUGCGUGGGGCGAUCGGACGAUCUACGAUCCUCCUCCUCAGUCUACCAACAUUUUCCAACCUCCUCCUUCGGUUCCAACACCAGCGGCUACAAACAGUGCUACGUCUGAGGUGAAAAAGGACGGGUUUGGAAUGUUUUACAAUGAAUCAGCUUCCUAUCCGACAUGGGACGACUAA